AUGAAGGAAGCGCCUGCUCUGGGCCCCAACUGAGAAUUUUCUAUCAGCGUCAGAGCUGCAGGCCUCGAUUUUAUGGAAAAAUAAGGUCACAAACGUCACUCGGGGGAGAUCCUCCACUCUAGAUUACUGACGCACCAGGCGGAAACCCUGUGAGGUCCGGUUAAGAAGAGGGUCCCCCACGACCUUGGGGUCCCGGAGUAAAGGCCUCGGUGUUCCUCAUGGCCUCCUAGAUUAGAAAGACAGAAUCGCUGUCGGCCUGAUCUGGACACUCAAGAGCGCUGGCCCUGCCGCGACGUGGUUUAGCGGUUCUAGAGGAGAACUGCAAGUGUUUUGAGGACUGUUUUGCCUGGGGGAGCCAUGGCGGCUGCGCACCGGAAGCGGCGCGCCGGAAGGCCGACGGACGUGGCGGAGACGUGUCUUACUGGGAUGCCUGCAGGCUCUUUCUCGGCUGUCGGGACCCGGAAGGCUGUGCGUAGUCCACCUGCACUUCGUGGGCCCAGCGGAGCAGCGUGGGGCGGCGGCGGCGGAGGCCCAGGCUGGCAGCGGCGGCUGCCGGGGGCCCAGCCAUGGCCGAGACGGUGGAGCGGUUGCGGCAGCGGGUUGAAGAGCUGGAACAAGAACUCUCCCGGGAGAGAAGCCGGCAGGUCGUGGGCGGCCGGACCCGCAUCGAGAAGAUGAGCUCCGAGGUGGUGGACUCCAAUCCCUACAGCCGUCUGAUGGCGUUGAAGCGGAUGGGGAUUGUCGGUGACUAUGAGAAAAUUCGUACUUACACUGUAGCAAUAGUAGGUGUUGGCGGAGUUGGCAGUGUGACUGCCGAAAUGCUGACAAGAUGUGGCAUUGGUAAGUUACUGCUUUUUGACUAUGACAAGGUGGAACUGGCCAACAUGAAUCGACUUUUCUUCCAGCCUCAUCAAGCAGGACUGAGUAAAGUUGAAGCUGCAGAACACACCUUGAGGAACAUUAACCCUGAUGUCGCAUUUGAAGUUCACAACUACAAUAUCACCACCGUGGAGCACUUUGAGCACUUCAUGAGCAGAAUAAGUAAUGGUGGCUUAGAAGACGGAAAGCCUGUUGACCUAGUUCUUAGCUGUGUGGACAACUUUGAAGCUCGGAUGGCCAUCAAUACAGCUUGUAAUGAACUUGGUCAGACGUGGAUGGAAUCUGGGGUCAGUGAAAAUGCAGUUUCCGGGCACAUCCAGCUCAUGAUCCCCGGAGAGUCGGCGUGUUUUGCGUGUGCGCCACCGCUUGUAGUUGCUGCAAAUAUUGAUGAAAAGACCCUGAAACGAGAAGGCGUCUGCGCAGCCAGUCUCCCCACCACCAUGGGAGUGGUUGCAGGCAUCUUGGUUCAAAAUGUAUUAAAGUUUCUGUUAAAUUUUGGCACUGUCAGUUUUUACCUUGGAUACAAUGCAAUGCAGGAUUUUUUCCCUACCAUGUCCAUGAAGCCAAACCCUCAGUGUGAUGACAGAAACUGCAGGAAGCAACAAGAAGAAUACAAGAAGAGGGCCGUGGCCCUGCCCACACAGGAGGCUGUACCCACGGAGGAGGAGGAGAUAGUCCACGAAGACAACGAGUGGGGUAUUGAGCUGGUGUCGGAGGUUUCAGAAGAGGAACUGAAGAACUCUUCAGGUCCCAUUCCCACCUUACCUGAAGGAAUCACAGUGGCAUACACAGUCCCAAAGAAGCAAGAGGAUUCUCUUUCUGAGGUAACAGUGGAAGAUUCUGGUGAAAGCUUGGAAGAUCUCAUGGCCAAGAUGAAGAACAUGUAGAUCAUGGACUAGCAUUUGGUUUAUUUUCUGUACUUAUUUUAUCCCCUUGGUAUUAAAAUAAUUAAAACUAAUAAAACUUAGGGCCGCCUUAACUGGCCUGUGGAUCUUUCCUGAGUUAUCAUGCUGUAUGGAACACUAGUGGUUGCUUCUUGCUUCCCUCGACAGCUGAAUUGGUAAUGCUCCCACAGAAAGGAGAGGGGAGGCCAAUCCUAUUCCAUAAUUUCCUUUACAGUAAUUAAUUCCUUGUCUAUGGACUGAGGCCCUGGACUGUAAGUAGUGCAGAUGGAGGUUGGGAUGUUUAGCCUGGCGGCUGUGGCCAGCAAGUGUCUUGAGUGUCGAUAGCUUCCUACCAGUUACCCACUACUACUAAUCUGACCAGGAGUGACUUCACACAGUCAGCCUAUAGAAUAAAACGUCCCUUCAGAUGUUUCUCAGUGAGAUAUGUCUUCUUCAUUGGCAGUGUGUGAACCUGUGAGUUAAAUAUUUAAGACAAAGCAUAGAUAAUUGCAAGCUGUCUUUGUGGACAGACAAGUACGUUCAAGAAAAAAUAUCAAUUGUUUUCUAAUUUUCACUGACCAAAAGGUAUUGCCUUCUGGAACAGAAAUGCCUGGAGCCGCCAUGUUACUGAAUAACAUGUACAAGUGCCAUACAUCAUAUAGACUGUGAGCAUCAUAUAGACUGUGUGCAUCAGAGACUGUGUGCAUCAGAGACUGUGUACAUCAUAGAGACUACAUCAUAGAGACUACAUCAUAGAGACUGCAUCAAAGACUGCAUCCUAGAAACUACACCAUAGAGACUAUAUCAUUUAGUCUGUGUACAUCAAAGACUACAUCAUAGAGACUGUACAUCAUAGAGACUGCAUCAUAGAGACUGUGUACAUAAAAGACUAUGCAUCAUAGAGACACUGCAUCAUAGAGACUGUGUACAUCAUAGAGACUGUACAUCAAAGGGACUGUGUAUAUCAUAUAGGCUGCUCCUGAAUACUUCAGCUUGAUUCCCUAAACAGAUAUUAGCAAGGCUUGUCCUGAGUAGUGGGCAAAAUGAACUCGAAAUUGCCUUUUAAUGAAUGACAGGUAUUUGUUCCCUGGAAGGGGUUCCAUUUCCAACUGUGACCACUUAAAUUGUAAACUGAUGACUGAUGUGAAUUGAUGAUUUUUACCUUGAAGAUAAUUGAAUCUGUAAAUGUCUAAAUUGUGUGUGUUGGGAAAUGUUAACAAAAGUUUAAAGUAUCAUUCCUUAUUUCUAAAAUAAAGUUGUAAAGACCAACUCUAGGCAUCAGUUUAAUGUACUAACUUUGA